CGACACUAGAAGCAGCCAGAAAACAAGCUCAGUUUGAUGCAUGUUGCGAUCUAGGCGAUGAAUUACUUCAAUUAGUCGGUGUGUAUAAAAGAAGCGAUGAAACAUUUCAUGAUGAUAGUGUGUUUCUUCAUUGCAUUUUUGAACUUGUGGGACGCUAGGAAAGCAGGCGUUCAGGCAAAAUCCCGGACCAACGUAGAACUGUGUAAACUCCUGCACACACAAGCCGGAAAGGCCUGCAAGGCACGCAUACCCAUGUACACGUACAACGCCACCCUGGGGCACUGCGAAGGAUUUUUCUACGGAGGUUGCCACGGCACGGCAAAUCGUUUCAAGACCCUCGAAGAAUGCGUGCGACGCUGUCCCACACGAAGUGGUGUGAACGUCUGUAGCUUGCCACGGACAUCACAGCAAGUGAACGAGGGCAUCUGCUCCUUAUGGUUCUUCGUGCACAACUACAACAGUCAAAACGGGCGCUGCGAGCGAUUCAUGUCUCCGUCCUGUUUCCGUACCGUGAACAGCUUCAAGACAGAAGCGGACUGCAAAGACCGAUGUCACUCAUCACUUUCAAGACGGAGCUAGAGCACAGCACAUGGGCGAGUAGUUCACGGGGCUUUCUCCUGGAAGUCGAAGUUGUUGUCACAGUGUUGUAUACUUGCUUGUUCCAAUACUGCUAAUCGAUGAAUCAAUGUGGAUAGAGACCUUGACAUACCGGCAAAUAAAAGGAAACGAGAUCGAC